UGGAGUUCUUCAGAUGAACUGAGGAGGGCAGCAAUACGCCUUUGAAGCGUCUAAGCUGCCGCAAAUCACACAAGAAGAAGAAGAAGAAGAAGACCGUUGUUUUUUAUAUCAAGCAUCAUUUAUUACACUUUAAUCGCGACAGGAUCCGUUGUAAGGCUGAGAGAGCUGGUUGUGUUCCUGUGUUACUGAGGGCAGCUGACAGCAGAUAGUAGUUCAUGGCAGAGGGCAGCAGCAAUCUGAGCAAUGCUCCUCCAGGAGACCCGCAGCUCAUCGGGCUCAUAGUGCAGCAUCUGAAGAACAGAGGCCUGUUUGAUGAGUUCAGACGAGACUGUCUGGCAGACGUGGACACGAAGCCAGCUUAUCAAAAUCUGCGACAGAAGGUGGACAACUUUGUGUCCAAUCAUCUCAGUACUCAAGAAUGGAAUCCGUCCAUCAACAAGAACCAAGUGAGGAAUGUCUUGAGAAAAAACGUAGUUCAGUCAGGGAUGUUGGAGUCAGGAGUAGACCGUAUCAUUACUCAGGUGGUGGACCCUAAACUGAACCAUAUCUUCAGGCCACACAUCGAGAACGCCAUUCAUGAUUUCCUAGCAGCAGAGAAGAAAGAAGAGGGCGCAUCAAAUUCAGCCUCUGAUGCUGAACAACAGGAAGCAACUAGCAACACUGCAGCCAAAACACAAUGAGGAACAAUAAAUGUACAAGGAUGCAUUUUUUGCUGUCACAUGAAGAUCACCAAAAGUUGUCCCUCCGUGCCUGGCUAGAGUGGAUGAAGAAUUGCUGAGCACUGGAAUAUUGGAAGUUUGGACUAAUUUAAGGUGGUUGGAUAGAUUUAUUAUUAUUUUAAUUGUAUUUCUUUGACAGUAUGUGUGUGUUUAGCAUGUUACAUAACAGCAGGUUGUCCAGCCCAUGCCUUUGAUGUCUGGUUUAGCUCUUUCAGCACUAAAGAACAACCGAAGCUGAUUUAUCCAAAUUAAAAUAAAUGCAUCUCAAAAUAACAUUGAUAUGAAGUACCUAGUUCUUAUUUGGAUUGAAGCCAGACUGAAAUGACCCUUUUUACACAGCUGGAUUUAUGAAAUGCUUCUCGUUUUUUUUUCUGGCGAUAUUCUAAUGUGAUUCAUA